UUUUACAGAUAAGGUUAGUAACAUGCCCCAGGGCCUGUGCUUAUAAACACAUGCCACACUGACUUGACACCGCCUGAGGCCCCUGCUAGAUGUCACGGUCUCCUGCAUCCACUGAGCCAUGCCUCCAGCCAGGGGAGAGUGCAGGGUCCUAUAGUCAGACAGCAUGGGCACCAGGAGCAGCUCAAAGUCAUGUUCGUCGGAGGCCCCAACACCAGGAAGGACUAUCACAUCGAAGAGGGUGAAGAGGUAUUUUACCAGCUGGAGGGAGACAUGGUUCUCCGAGUCCUGGAGCAAGGGAAACACCGGGAUGUGGUCAUUCGGCAGGGAGAGAUAUUCCUCCUGCCUGCCAGGGUGCCCCACUCACCACAGAGGUUUGCCAACACCGUGGGGCUGGUGGUUGAGCGAAGGCGGCUGGAGACCGAGCUAGAUGGGCUCAGGUACUAUGUGGGUGACACCAUGGACGUUCUGUUUGAGAAGUGGUUCUACUGCAAGGACCUCGGCACGCAGUUGGCCCCCAUCAUCCAGGAGUUCUUCAGCUCUGAGCAGUACAGAACAGGAAAGCCCAUCCCUGACCAGCUGCUCAAGGAGCCACCAUUCCCUCUGAGCACACGAUCCAUCAUGGAGCCCAUGUCCCUGGAUGCCUGGCUGGACAGCCACCGAGGGGAGCUGCAGGCAGGCACGCCACUCAGCCUGUUUGGGGACACCUAUGAGACCCAGGUGAUCGCCUAUGGGCAAGGCAGCAGCGAAAGCCUGAGACAGAAUGUGGACGUGUGGCUGUGGCAGCUGGAGGGCUCCUCGGUGGUGACAAUGGGGGGACGGCGCCUGAGCCUGGCCCCUGAUGACAGCCUCCUGGUGCUAGCUGGGACCUCGUAUGCCUGGGAGCGAACACAAGGCUCUGUGGCCCUGUCUGUGACCCAGGACCCUGCCUGCAAGAAGCCCCUGGGGUGAACCUCUUGCCAUGGCCUGAAGCAGCCGCAGGUGUGCCAAGCACCCUUGAGUGCUAUCCCUGCCAAACAACUCUCCCAGCCCCCACUACCUCUCUGUGUACUGCUGCUGUGUCCCCCACAGACCUGCACAUUGUUGUCACCCACCCUCCUGCCCUUCUCAGCCCAGAUGCCACGCCCCUGGGCGGGCAGCAACUCCCCAUCUUCUCUGGCAGCCUCAGCCCACUGCCUUGCCAGUCUUGCCAGGUGGUCUACCCCCGGCCCCGCUCCUGCCCAUUCCUCUGUCCCUGCAGACUCAGUGCAGCACUUCCACACCAAGAAGGCCCUCAAUAAAGGCUUCCUGAGGAACGCACACCUGGGGGUCUGCCGCAGGCAGUCAUCG